CUUGUUCGGUCUCUCACAGUCUCAGCUUCUAAAGAUUUAGCUUAGCUAUUAAACACAGGGAAACAACCUCUAGUCAGUAGUCAGAGCUACUACUAUGUCUCUCACCACCAGUUGCUUGCUUCCCUUCUCUCAAUCAGCGACGGCUCCUUUGAUCCCCACCUGUUCUUGCCAUCUCGCCGCCUCUUCUUCUAGUUUUCCGGUUUCGUCAAGAGACUACUAUAGUUCCUUGAGAAAUGAAAGCCUUGUGCUAUACGGAGGAGGCUCGAAUCUUUGCAGGAGAUUCUGUGGGUUGAAGCUAUGGAUGCUUAAGAGCCUGAAUCUUAGACAAGACAGCCACAGGAAGAAGCAUCAGCCUGUAAAAGAGAUUGCAACACGCUCAGAGCACACUUUACUCAGCGAUGAACGAGGUUUUGCUGAAGAAACUGGAGAUGCAGAUUUACGACCACCCGAGAUUGUUGUAGGAACUAAUGUGGUUGAUGGUUCUCACAAAGCUGGAGAUAAACCAUAUGUGUCAAAACAGUUCUUGGGCAGUCUUUCAGAUGUCGCAAGAGGAGCCUCGCUUUGCAUUGCUGUUGUUGGAGCUACUGGUGAGCUAGCAAGAGGGAAGAUUUUCCCUGCUUUGUUUGCUUUGUAUUAUAGCGGCUACCUUCCUGAGGAUGUUGGUAUAUUUGGGUAUUCAAGAAAGAAUCUUACAGAUGAAGACCUCAGAUCCAUCAUCGCUUCAACUCUUACUUGCCGUGUUGAUCAUCAAGAAAACUGUGGAGACAAGAUGGAUGCGUUUCUCAGUAGAACAUACUAUAUCAACGGAGGUUAUGAUAACAGGGAUGGUAUGUCUCGACUUGACGAGAGAAUGAAACAGAUUGAGGGAGUAUCAAAAGCGAAUCGGAUAUUUUACCUCUCAGUGCCUCAAGAAGCUCUUGUGGAUGUGGCAUGCAACAUUGGAGAUAAAGCUCAGGCACCACAAGGCUGGACUCGUAUAAUAGUUGAGAAACCUUUUGGUUUUAACUCAUUUUCGUCUCAUCGGUUGACACAGUCACUUCUCUCUAAGUUUGAAGAGAAGCAGAUCUACAGGAUAGAUCACAUGUUAGGAAGAAAUCUCAUUGAAAAUCUGACUGUGUUAAGGUUUUCAAAUCUGGUUUUUGAACCACUGUGGAACAGAACAUAUAUACGCAAUGUACAGGUUAUUGUAUCAGAAUCAGUUGCUCAAAGAGAAAAGUAUUCUGAUGGAUAUGGCAUAAUAAGAGACAUCUUUCAUAGCCACAUACUUCAAACAAUUGCUUUACUUACCAUGGAAUCUCCAAUAAGUCUUGAUGGUGAAGAUAUCCGCAAUGAGAAGGUAACUAGUGUAUUCUUUGUCUUGUCAAAUGACCUGGUGACAAACCUUGUUCUUGUUCUUCAGGUGAAGGUUUUGAGAUCGACUCGCAGAUUAGAUCCUGCUGAUGCCAUCCUUGGGCAGUAUAAAUCGAGUUCUGGAGACCAAGCUGACGCUAACUUGAACAGUGGAGGCCCUACUUACUGUGCUGCAGCCUUGUACAUUGAUAAUGCCCGUUGGGAUGGUGUACCGUUCCUAGUAAGAGUCGGCACUGGACUCAUUAAACACAGAGUGGAGAUCCGUGUGCAAUUCCGACAUGUUCCUGGAAACAUAUACCGAGACAACAUUGGAAUAAACAUAGAUUUGGGGACAAAUGUGCUUAUCCUACGUGACGAGCCUGAUGAGGCCAUCCUGGUGAAAAUCAACAAUAAGGUUCCUGGUUUAGGUCUUCAGCUAGACGCUUCUGAACUUAACCUGCUCUAUAAAGACAGAUAUAGCAGCGAAGUACCAGAUUCAUAUGAGCACUUAAUUCAUGAUGUGAUUGAUGGAGACAACCAUCUGUUCAUGAGAAGCGAUGAGGUUGCAGCAGCAUGGAACAUUCUGAGUCCGGUCCUGGGAGAGAUAGACAAGCACCACACAGCUCCGGAGUUGUAUGAGUUUGGUGGACGAGGACCUAUUGGAGCAUACUAUCUCUGGGCCAAACACGGCGUCCCAUGGGCAGAUGACUAGAAGGAGAAACAUAGAUGCAGAAACUAACAAAUCUUCACAAUCUGUGCAAUAUAGACUGUUUCAGUAUGGUUAUUGUAAAGUAGUUGGUCUAGCUUGAAGCUACUGUAAAACAUGUAUGACAUGUUGCUAUAUGAAUGUCUAUCAUGGAGGGGUCCAUGAUAUCCUAAAAGCCACCCAAAGAGAGACGUAUGAGAGUGUUUUAGAUAAGGUUUAUGUUGUUAGUCUUCCCACUAGAGGCAGGUAUUAUAUCUCCAUCAUUUCCUUCAGAAAAUUCUUCAGGAGAGAGAUAGAGAGAGGGUAGGAUAAAUUGUUUAGUGACUGGUGGAAUGGAUGAGAGAGAUAGAAAGAAGAUGAAAAUGGAGAAAGAAGAAGAGGAGAAGAUGGAGAAGUUGUACAUAUUGCUUAAAAAUGCAAGGGAGAUGCGUACAUACGUCAUCAGCUCCAUGGAGAAGAAGAGGCAAGAAGAAGAAAGAGCUAGGAUUCACAGAUUCCCUUCGUUUCAGCCAGAGGAUUUCAUUUUCAAGAAUGAAACAGAGGCCAACAACAAUGAGAAAGCAGCCGCUAAUGCAAGCUCUUCAGCCUCCAACAAGAAUGGCUCUAAGGAAGCGAAAGAGGAAGCUGAGACAAACGUUUGUUUGGAUUUGAAUCUUUCUCUGUAGCAAGUACUAAAGUAGUAACUAUGUA